AUGAAACCCCACCAGAACAUCCUUUCGGCCCAACCGCCAGUCCACUCGGCCCCGUUCGAGGUCCCACCAAGCGAGGGAUACAAGCGUCCGCCACAUAGCGCAGGCGAUGACGACCUUCCCAGUGACGAGGAGGAUGCUUCGUCUGCGGGGAGUGUCCAGGAUGAUGAUGAGGAGGAGAGCGAUGAGUACGAAGAUUAG